AACGGCGAGCCAGAUCUGGUGAGGUAUCAGAUUGAAGAGACUCACCCCAACGAUCAGCGUAUUCAUCAUUAUGAGGAUCGGCUAGGUCAUUCCCAACUUCAAGGCCCAGACUACCCAGGGGACCAUAGACUUCUAUCAGUGGCAAGUGGAAAGCGGACGUGGGUGGUGCUGUUCUCGCACCCGGCCGAUUUCACGCCCGUGUACACCACGGAGCUGGGCCGCAUCGACCGUCCACUUCCCCGAGUUCCAGAGGCGCAACACCAAGCUGCUGGCUCACUCGUGCGACAAGCCCUCUACAUCAUCGGCCCGGACCACAAGCUCAAGCUCGCUAUGCUGCACCCCAUGUCCACCGGCAGGAACGUCGAGGAACAAGGUCCUAUGCGUUGUAUCGAUUCGCUGCGACUGUCUUCUCGCCUGCCGUACGUCGCCAAGCCUGCAAACUGGACUCCCGGUGACAAGGUCAUGUUCCUACCUGAGGUACCCGAGGUCAAGGAGUCGGACCUAAAACGGCUUUUCCCUAGAGGCGUUGAGAGGGUAUCUAUGCCCUCGGGGAUUGGCUACGUUAGCACGACCACUGACAACGGCUACAAGAACACUAGUAAACUCUUUAUUGUUAAAAAUGGACUAAAUCUUCAAAGAUGGCAUGGAUGAAACUAAGCAGUUGAUUGCUCAACUACAAAACACAAAUGAAUGAAAAUAAACUUACACAAUGCAUUUAAC